ACUACACUACCUUGGCUCCACCUUGAAGAUGGCUCUGAAAAAGCACCAAAAACACAGUCACUUUCUUCUUUAAUGGCUGAAACUGAAACUGAGACCGAAAGAUCACCUUUUUCUCCUUCUUCUUCUUCCAAAUAAUUUCACAAUUCAGACCACAAUCGAUUCUGGGUCACAGCUUUUCCGGCAAAACCACUAACCCAAAUCCCCAAAACCAACUGAACAGACCUCCAUUACUCCAUGUUCAGAACCGCCGCCGCCGUUCUAACGAUCGCCGCUUUCUCCUUCCUUCUCUAUUCUUCGCCGUCAAAAUCCUCCUACCACUCCCUCUUUAUCUCUCUCGCCGACAAUGUAUCAACAUCAAACCACCUUUAUACCCUUACCCGUCGCCCCCACGUCGCCGGCUCCGAAGCCAACGCCGAGGCGGCGAAUUACGUCUUCUCCAUUUUCACUUCCUCUAAAAUCGUAUCCCGCAUGGCCUCUUACGAGGUUCUAUUGACAUACCCACAAUCGCGUUCGUUGACCCUAACUCCUCCGCCGCCGGAAGAACCAAUCGUAUUCGACCUCCGUCAAGAGAUUUACGACGGCGAUCCUUAUGCGGAUGUUGCAAACGAAGUAAUACCCACAUUCCACGCCUACGCGAAAUCUGGCACCGUCGUCGGACCCGUCGUCUACGUGAACUACGGACGGCCGGAGGACUAUGGGGUUCUCAAAGAAAUGGGAAUCAACGCGACGGGGAAUAUUGUACUUGCCAGAUAUGGGGAAAUCUUCAGAGGGGAUAUUGUGCGGAACGCGCACGAGGCAGGGGCAAUUGGAGCUUUGGUGUACACUGAUAAGAAGGACUACGGCAGCGAGCGGUGGUUUCCGGAUAGCAAGUGGAUGCCCCCCACCGGAGUUCAGGUGGGAACGUUGUACAGCGGGCAAGGCGAUCCUUCUACUCCUGGGUGGGCGAGUUCCGGCGAGUGUGAGAGGCUAUCACAAGAUGACAUAGAGAAGAGGGGCGAUGUUCCAUUGAUUCCUUCGCUGCCGAUAUCCGCCACAGACGGGGAGGCAAUUCUGAGGACGAUCGGCGGGCAGGUUGCCGGUGAAGAUUGGCAGGGAAGAGAGGAUGCUCCACUCUAUAGAAUUGGACCAGGACCUGGAAUUGUCAAUCUUAGUUACUCUGGAGAGAAAGUUAUAAGGACAAUUCAGAAUGUCAUUGGUCUGAUUGAAGGAGAAGAAGAGCCUGAUAGACUUGUCCUUCUGGGUAACCAUCGGGAUGCAUGGACAUAUGGGGCUGUUGAUCCAAACAGUGGCACAGCAGUACUGCUAGAGGUUGCAGAACGCCUGCGGAAGCUGCAGGAGAAAGGAUGGAAACCACGGCGGACAAUUGUGUUCUGCAAUUGGGAUGCUGAAGAAUACGGCUUGGUAGGUUCGACCGAGUGGGUCGAAGAGAACAGAGAGUUACUGGCUUCGAGGGCCGUAGCUUACAUAAAUGUUGACAGUGCAGUAUAUGAACCAGGAGGAUUUGCUGCCUCUGCAACCCCACAGCUUGAUGAGCUGCUCAAACAAGCUUCUCAAGUGGUUCCUGAUCCUGACAACUCAUCACAGACUGUCUAUGAUUCGUGGUUCGCCACCAGUAAUUCCAAGAUUAAGAUUGGAAGACUAGGAAGCGGACAAUCAGAUUUUGCAACUUUUCUGCAACAUGCUGGUAUUCCUGCAGUGGACAUGUCAUUUGGAGAAGGAUACCCGGUUUAUCACUCGAUGUAUGAUGACUUUGUAUGGAUGAAAAAAUACGGUGACCCACUCUUCCAAAGACAUGUUGCAGUUGCAAGUAUUUGGGGUCUCGUAGUUCUUCGGCUAGCAGAUGAGGAGUUCUUGCCUUUCGAUUAUCUUUCUUAUGCAAAUGAGCUUCAGAAUUAUGCAGAGGACUUGAGAGAUGUCAUCAGAGAUAGAGAAAUUGACCUCACUCCCUUGUUCAAGGCCAUCAAGGAGUUUGAGAAAGCAGCUACCAAAAUCAAAGACCAGAUGAAGGCAUUAAAGGGAAUCAAAAGAUGGCUACCACAAAUGUGGAAGAGAAGCUUCGCAGAGGUACGAGAACUCAACGACAGACUGAUAAUGGCAGAACGAGCAUUUACAGAUGAUGAUGGUCUAUUUGGAAGAUCAUGGUAUAAGCAUUUGAUCUAUGGGCCAUCAAAGCACGAUGAUUACGGAUCGGUAUCCUUUCCCGGGAUUUACGACACAAUAGACGAGGCAGAACAUAACAACAGUGCAAAGGCAUGGCAGUUUGUACAACACCAAGUAUGGAGAGUGGCUAGAGUUAUCAGACAUGCUUCAUUAGUCCUAAAUGGAGAGCUUACUUGAAUUUGUACAUUAUGUUAAUCACCACAUUCCUCUUAUAAAUAAAUCAAAAUCCAUAAUCAAGAAACUAGCUAAAGACUGAAAGCACCAAUAGACAUGAUAUGAAAUAAAACGUCACUGUUUCACUCUCUUUUAAAUGA